UGCUCAUUAACCAUGCAGAGGAGGGGGUCUGGGCGAUGUGUUUGUAAUGCAUCAGCGUUUGUACUUUAUUGUUGAAGAACAUCUGGAGGAGUAUGGAAGAGAGCAGUUAGUUUAUCAAUAAUAAUAAAAUUAAAUAAAAUUAAAUCAUAAAGGGGUAAAUGGCUGCCUCCCAGUCAUCAGGCACCACUAAACGGCGGAACAAGAAUGUGUCAAACGGGGUCAGUGGCAGUGAGAAGGAGCAGCUAGGACAAUGGGGCAGAGCCUGGGAGGUGGACUGGUUCUCGCUCAUCAGCGUCAUCUUGUUGCUUUGUUUUGCUCCCUUCAUAGUGUUCUAUUUUGUGAUGGCCUGUGACCAGUACGACUGCUCUGUGACGGAGCCUGUAGCGGACUUGUACACAGGGAAAUCCAGUCUAACAGAUAUCUGGAAUCGGGCGCCUUCCUUUACCUGGACCGCUGCAAAAAUCUAUGCCAUCUGGGUUACCUUUCAGAUUGUGCUGUACAUGUGCCUUCCAGAUUUGUGUCACAAGUUCCUGCCAGGAUAUGUGGGCGGGGUUCAGGAAGGUGCACGCACCCCGGCAGGUACAGUAAAUAACUACGAGAUCAAUGGCUUACAGUGCUGGAUUGUAACUCAUGCACUCUGGUUUGCAAAUGCCUACUACUUCAAAUGGUUUUCCCCUACUAUCAUUUUUGAUAACUGGAUACCACUGCUUUGGUGCGCCAAUAUCUUGGGCUAUUCUGUCUCCACUUUUGCUUUUAUUAAGGCGUAUUUGUUUCCCACAAAUGCAAAAGACUGUAAAUUCACUGGGAACUUCUUCUACAAUUACAUGAUGGGAGUGGAGUUUAAUCCCAGGAUUGGGAGCUGGUUUGAUUUUAAGCUCUUCUUCAACGGACGUCCUGGAAUCAUAGCCUGGACCCUCAUCAACCUCUCCUAUGCAGCCAAACAGCAGGAGCUCUAUGGUCAGGUGACCAACUCCAUGAUCCUGGUCAACGUUCUCCAGGGUAUUUAUGUAUUGGAUUUCUUUUGGAAUGAAGCCUGGUACCUGAAAACCAUUGACAUCUGCCAUGAUCAUUUUGGGUGGUACCUCGGUUGGGGGGACUGUGUGUGGCUCCCCUUCCUCUACACGCUACAGGGCCUGUACCUGGUCUACAAUCCAGUCCAGCUUUCUACUGCUAAUCUUGUUGGAGUCCUACUCUUGGGCCUCGUUGGCUACUAUAUCUUCCGGAUGACCAAUCAUCAGAAGGACCUGUUUCGCCGCACUGACGGCAACUGCAAGAUCUGGGGCAGGAAACCAGCGUACAUCGAGUGCUCCUACAACUCUGCCGACGGCACGAAACACCAGAGCAAGCUCAUGAUCUCUGGCUUCUGGGGGGUUGCGCGCCAUUUCAAUUACACCGGUGACCUGAUGGGGUCGCUGUCCUACUGCCUGGCUUGUGGUUUCAGCCACCUCCUUCCUUAUUUCUACAUCAUCUACAUGACAAUCCUGCUGGUGCACCGCUGUAUCCGUGAUGAACACCGCUGCUCCAGCAAGUACGGCACGGACUGGAAGCGCUACACAGACGCAGUGCCCUGUCGGAUUUUACCUGCCAUUUUCUAGAAUUCACAUUUUACAUCAGGGAUGGAAUUAACACCCCCAUUGCAUAGCGGUUUGAUCCAUUCCUGCUUUUGCUAUGAGUUUAAUCAGACGCUUGUUGCCUCUACACUGUGGCUAAUCAAGCUUGUAUUAAAACCUGGAAUGGGUGAAGCUGCUAUGCAGUUCGAGUCUUAUUUCCAUCCCUGUUACAUUACAUUUAUAUUGUGUAUCGGAAUUUUGUUGUUGUUGUUGUUGUUGUUUUUUUCUUUGUUUUGGUUUUUGGGAGGAGGUUAUUGGGUGUGAUUGAACUAUUAUAGGAAAAGGCUACCAUCUCCCAAAAUGGGACACCACAUAGAAAACCAAGGUAAACAACCAAAAGAAACCUGAAAGCUUACAUAUUUAAUAAUGGAUAAAAUUCGGAUGCUGCCAGAUUUAGCUUGGUUUUCAUGUAGAUAGUCAUAUCUGUCUAAAGGAAUAUAACCAGCAAUGUCUUGUAUUUUAACAAAAAAUAAUACAGGUAUGUGCCUGAUCUGUUCAAAGUCUUUGUGACUCAAAAUUGUGCCUUUUUUAUUUUUGUUUCACAAAACAUACUUUGUUUUCAAAUCCAAAAAUUGAAUUUACAAAUUUAGAACCAUGGGACCCUUUAAAAUAAAUAAAUAAAUAAAUAAAUAAAUAAAUCUCUAUUUGUUUUUCUAAACCAGUUUUUGUCAAUAAAAUAAAGUGUAAUAUUCAUUAAACUGUCUUCUUUAAUAUUGUAGAACAGUUUCAUGAAUACAAAAAAAAAAAACAUGUUAUAUUAUUCACAAAAAUAGCUGCUGCACAACAUUGUGGUGAGUUUGCUGUAAAAAAAUAAAUCACUAUUUCAAAA